AUGGCUUCAUCAAGUGACAUUGGGGACGCUCGAGCUCCUGCGACAAAUAGAAAGCAUCCACCGGAUUCACAUGAAGGUGUAGAUGACCAUUCAGAAGAUGAAGACUAUGACCCGGAGGCGGAUGAGAUCGAGUCAUUCGAUGACCAUCUAGACAACAUGUUUGCCGCACAUGAAAUUGAACGUCAAGAAAAUGGUGUGAUCUCUUCUAUGGAGCUGACUGUUAAGGAGGCAUUAGCACUUCCUCCUGGAAAGAAGAUCGUUCUACACCAUAACAGAGAGUUGCAACAAGUUGGUCAGGCAGCGGGCUUAUUGAGCGGGUUCUUGGGGACAUUGGGAUAUGAUUUUCAACAAUUACCAAUUUGUACAAAGAGUUGGAAGACAAUGAGCAAGGCUUCCAAGGAGCAUGCGUAUGACCAGGUUAAGCGAGUCUUCCAUUAUGAGGAUGAUAAAAGAGGGUGGAUAAAGCGGAAAAUUUUACAAAGAAUAGGAAACUGCUGGAGGAAUUCAAGAAAUUAUUUGUUCCAUAAGGUUUAUGACGAAGAACUAACUUUUGAGGAAAAUAUCAAGCGUAAGCCAGCAGGAAUAGAGGCAAAUCACUGGAAAAAGUUUCUUCAAUAUCGAUUGGACGAUGACACGAAGGAGAAGUGUAGAAAAAAUGCCGUUAAUCGUUCAAAGCAACAAUACACACAUACCGGAGGUUCUAAAAUGAUGGCAAAAAAGAGACACGAAAAAGAGCAACGACUGGGAAGGCCUAUUGGGAGAGGAGAGGGAUGGACCUUGAGUCAUAAAAAAAAGAAUGGAAAGUAUAUGAAUGAAGAAGCGCGUUUGGUUGGGGAAGCAAUUGAACUUGUUGAGAGCCAAGAUCCCUCUAGCAAGGAAUUUUCACAGAAUGAUUCCCUUGCACAAGUGCUUGGAAAGGAGCACCCAGGAAGAGUUCGUGGACUUGGUAUUGGUACAUGUCCGAGUCGGUGUUUUCGUAACAUUCCAGAGCAGUCGGACUACGGUGUACAUAUUAAGGAGUAUCAGAUGGAGAUUGUGAAACUCAAGGCGGAGGUAGCAGAACUCAAGGCGGAGGCAGCAGAACUCAAGGCAGCAGCAGUAGAGGAAAAGACAAAGAGACAGAGAAUGGAGACAGAGGAAGCUGAAGGGAAGGCAAAAAUACAGACAAUGGGAGAUUUGUUGACAUACGUAAUCCAGCAACAAGGAGGUAAUUUGCCACCUGAAAUAGCUGCGGGUUUGGAUUCUUUGAGAAGUGCACCAACCUCAUCCCAUGCAAGAUGA